CGCCGCUGCGUGAGAGGAAGAGGCUGAAUGAGGAGCUGCGCGGGGGAAGCGGGGCGCCGGGGGAGGAGGCGGCGGCAUGGAAGCAGACGCUGGCGUCGCGCGAGCCCCGGGCGGAGCGGCGCGGUAGAGAGGGCGGCAGCGGCGGCGGCGGCGCGCGCGGAGCCUUGACGGGCCCCUUUCUUUCUUCUCUCUCGGGAAAGCUGGGAAGCAUGAGCGUGCAGACCUGCCGCUGCGGCGGCCGCCCCGGCUCCUCGCCUCCCCCUCUUCGGGCCGCCCCUCGCCGGUGAGAGAAGCGAAUGCGAGAAGGGAAGAUGGGGGCCGUCCUGAGGAGCCUCCUGGCCUGCAGUUUCUGCGUGCUCCUGAAAGCGGCCCCUUUGUUGCUUUAUGCAAACAGACGGGACUUGCGAUUGGUUGAUGCUGCAAAUGGCAAAGAGAAUGCUACGAUUGUAGUUGGAGGCUUGGAGGAUGCAGCUGCGGUGGACUUUGUGUUUGGUCAUGGCUUGAUAUACUGGAGUGAUGUCAGCGAAGAAGCCAUUAAACGAACAGAGUUCAACAAAACUGAGAGUGUACAGAAUGUUGUUGUUUCUGGAUUAUUGUCCCCUGAUGGGCUGGCAUGUGAUUGGCUUGGAGAAAAAUUGUACUGGACAGAUUCUGAAACUAAUCGUAUUGAAGUUUCUAAUUUAGAUGGAUCUUUACGAAAAGUUUUAUUUUGGCAAGAGUUGGAUCAACCUAGAGCUAUUGCCUUAGAUCCUUCAAGUGGGUUCAUGUACUGGACAGACUGGGGAGAAGUACCAAAGAUAGAACGUGCUGGAAUGGAUGGUUCAAGUCGCUUCAUUAUAAUAAACACUGAAAUUUACUGGCCAAAUGGACUGACUUUGGAUUAUGAGGAACGGAAGCUUUAUUGGGCAGAUGCAAAACUUAAUUUCAUCCACAGAUCAAAUCUGGAUGGAACAAAUCGGCAGGCGGUGGUUAAAGGUUCCCUUCCACAUCCUUUUGCCUUGACGUUAUUUGAGGACACAUUGUACUGGACUGACUGGAAUACACACUCCAUUUUGGCUUGCAACAAGUACACUGGCGAGGGUCUGCGUGAAAUCCAUUCUAACAUCUUUUCUCCCAUGGAUAUACAUGCCUUCAGCCAGCAGAGGCAGCCAAAUGCUACAAAUCCAUGUGGAAUUGAUAAUGGUGGUUGUUCCCACUUGUGUUUGAUGUCUCCAGUCAAGCCUUUUUAUCAGUGUGCUUGCCCAACUGGGGUUAAACUCUUGGAGAAUGGAAAAACCUGCAAAGAUGGUGCCACUGAAUUACUGCUUUUAGCCCGAAGGACAGAUUUGAGACGAAUUUCUUUGGAUACACCAGAUUUCACAGACAUUGUUCUACAGUUGGAAGACAUCCGUCAUGCCAUUGCCAUAGAUUAUGAUCCUGUGGAAGGCUAUAUCUACUGGACUGAUGAUGAAGUGAGGGCCAUACGCCGCUCAUUCAUAGAUGGAUCUGGCAGUCAGUUUGUGGUCACUGCUCAAAUCGCCCAUCCUGAUGGUAUUGCUGUUGAUUGGGUUGCCCGAAAUCUUUAUUGGACAGACACUGGCACUGAUCGGAUAGAAGUGACAAGGCUCAACGGGACCAUGAGGAAGAUCUUGAUUUCAGAGGACUUAGAGGAACCCCGGGCUAUUGUGUUAGAUCCCAUGGUUGGGUACAUGUAUUGGACUGACUGGGGAGAAAUCCCGAAAAUUGAGCGAGCAGCUCUGGAUGGUUCUGAUCGAGUAGUGUUGGUUAACACUUCUCUUGGUUGGCCAAAUGGUUUAGCCUUGGAUUAUGAUGAAGGCAAAAUAUACUGGGGAGAUGCCAAAACAGACAAAAUUGAGGUUAUGAAUACCGAUGGGACUGGGAGACGAGUGCUAGUGGAAGACAAAAUUCCCCACAUAUUUGGGUUUACUUUGUUGGGUGACUAUGUUUACUGGACUGACUGGCAGAGGCGUAGCAUCGAAAGAGUACACAAACGAAGUGCAGAGCGGGAAAUCAUCAUAGACCAGCUCCCUGACCUCAUGGGCCUGAAGGCCACAAAUGUUCAUCGAAUCAUUGGUUCCAACCCCUGCGCUGAGGAGAAUGGGGGAUGCAGCCAUCUCUGCCUCUAUAGACCUCAGGGCCUUCGCUGUGCCUGCCCCAUUGGCUUUGAACUCAUCAGUGACAUGAAGACCUGCAUUGUCCCAGAGGCUUUCCUUUUGUUUUCACGGAGAGCAGAUAUCAGGAGAAUUUCUUUGGAAACUAACAAUAAUAACGUGGCCAUCCCGCUCACUGGUGUCAAAGAAGCUUCUGCUUUGGAUUUUGAUGUGACAGACAACCGAAUUUACUGGACUGACAUAUCACUCAAGACCAUCAGCAGAGCCUUUAUGAAUGGCAGUGCACUGGAACAUGUGGUAGAAUUUGGCUUAGAUUAUCCAGAAGGCAUGGCAGUAGACUGGCUUGGGAAGAACUUGUACUGGGCAGACACAGGAACAAAUCGAAUUGAGGUAUCAAAGUUGGACGGGCAGCACCGACAAGUUUUGGUGUGGAAAGACCUAGAUAGUCCCAGAGCUCUUGCAUUGGACCCCGCUGAAGGAUUUAUGUAUUGGACUGAAUGGGGUGGAAAGCCUAAGAUAGACAGAGCUGCCAUGGAUGGAAGUGAACGUACUACAUUAGUUCCAAAUGUGGGGCGAGCAAAUGGCCUAACUAUUGAUUAUGCUAAAAGGAGGCUUUAUUGGACAGACCUGGACACCAACUUAAUAGAAUCUUCAAAUAUGCUUGGACUCAACCGUGAGGUUAUAGCAGAUGACUUGCCUCAUCCUUUUGGCUUAACUCAGUACCAAGAUUACAUCUACUGGACGGACUGGAGCCGACGCAGCAUCGAGCGUGCCAACAAAACCAGUGGCCAAAACCGCACCAUCAUUCAGGGCCAUUUGGAUUAUGUGAUGGACAUCCUCGUGUUUCACUCCUCUCGGCAGGCAGGGUGGAAUGAGUGUGCUUCCAGCAAUGGGCACUGCUCCCACCUCUGCUUGGCAGUGCCAGUUGGAGGCUUUGUUUGUGGAUGCCCUGCCCACUACUCUCUUAAUGCUGACAACAGGACUUGCAGUGCUCCAACUACUUUCCUGCUCUUCAGUCAAAAGAGUGCCAUCAACCGCAUGGUGAUUGAUGAACAGCAGAGCCCCGACAUCAUCCUUCCUAUCCACAGCCUUCGGAAUGUCCGGGCCAUUGACUAUGACCCACUGGACAAGCAGCUCUAUUGGAUUGACUCACGACAAAACAUGAUCCGAAAAGCACAAGAAGAUGGCAGCCAGGGCUUUACUGUGGUUGUGAGCUCAGUUCCGAAUCAGAACCUGGAAAUACAGCCCUAUGACCUCAGCAUUGAUAUUUAUAGCCGCUACAUCUAUUGGACUUGCGAGGCCACCAAUGUCAUUAAUGUAACAAAAUUAGAUGGGCGAUCGAUUGGAGUGGUGUUAAAAGGCGAGCAAGACAGACCUCGAGCCAUUGUGGUAAACCCAGAAAAAGGGUAUAUGUAUUUUACCAAUCUUCAGGAAAGGUCUCCCAAAAUUGAACGAGCUGCUUUAGAUGGAACAGAACGGGAAGUCCUCUUUUUCAGUGGCUUAAGUAAACCAAUUGCUUUAGCUCUUGAUAGCAGAUUGGGCAAACUCUUUUGGGCUGAUUCAGAUCUCCGGCGAAUUGAAAGCAGUGAUCUCUCAGGUGCCAACCGGAUAGUAUUAGAAGACUCCAACAUUCUGCAGCCUGUGGGACUAACUGUGUUUGAAAACUGGCUAUAUUGGAUUGAUAAGCAGCAGCAGAUGAUUGAAAAAAUUGACAUGACAGGUCGAGAGGGUAGAACCAAAGUCCAGGCUCGAAUUGCCCAGCUUAGUGACAUUCAUGCUGUAAAGGAGCUGAAUCUUCAGGAAUAUAGACAGCACCCUUGUACUCAGGAUAAUGGUGGCUGUUCACAUAUUUGUCUUGUAAAGGGAGAUGGUACUACAAGGUGCUCCUGCCCCAUGCACUUGGUUCUGCUUCAAGAUGAGCUACUAUGUGGAGAACCCCCAACAUGUUCUCCUCAGCAGUUUACUUGUUUCACGGGAGAAAUUGACUGUAUCCCUGUGGCUUGGCGGUGCGAUGGGUUUACUGAGUGUGAAGAUCACAGUGAUGAGCUCAAUUGUCCUGUGUGCUCAGAGUCCCAGUUCCAGUGUGCCAGUGGGCAGUGUAUUGACGGUGCCCUGAGAUGCAAUGGAGAUGCCAACUGCCAGGAUAAGUCAGAUGAGAAGAGUUGUGAAGUGCUUUGUUUAAUUGAUCAAUUCCGCUGUGCCAAUGGUCAGUGCAUUGGAAAACACAAGAAAUGUGAUCAUAAUUUAGAUUGCAGCGACAAAUCAGAUGAACUGGAUUGUUAUCCAACUGAGGAGCCAGCACCACAGGCCACCAAUACAGUUGGUUCAGUUAUUGGAGUAAUUGUUACCAUUUUUGUGUCUGGAACCAUCUACUUUAUUUGCCAGAGGAUGUUGUGUCCACGUAUGAAGGGCGAUGGGGAAACCAUGACUAAUGACUAUGUAGUUCAUGGACCAGCUUCUGUGCCCCUUGGUUAUGUGCCACACCCAAGCUCUUUGUCAGGAUCUCUUCCAGGAAUGUCUCGAGGUAAAUCAAUGAUAAGCUCCCUCAGUAUCAUGGGGGGAAGCAGUGGACCCCCUUAUGACCGAGCUCAUGUCACGGGAGCAUCGUCCAGUAGUUCUUCAAGCACCAAAGGCACUUACUUCCCUGCGAUUUUGAACCCUCCGCCAUCCCCGGCCACAGAGCGAUCACAUUACACUAUGGAAUUUGGUUAUUCUUCAAACAGUCCUUCCACUCAUAGGUCCUACAGCUACAGGCCGCACAGUUACCGGCACUUUGCACCGCCCACCACACCCUGCAGCACAGAUGUUUGUGACAGUGACUACGCUCCCAGCCGGAGGGUAGUGACCUCAGUGGCCGCAGCCAAGGGCUACACUAGUGACUUGAACUACGACUCAGAGCCUGUGCCUCCGCCUCCCACGCCCCGAAGCCAGUACUUGUCGGCAGAAGAGAACUAUGAAAGCUGCCCGCCUUCUCCAUACACAGAGAGGAGCUACCCUCAUCACCUCUACCCACCGCCGCCCUCUCCCUGUACGGACUCCUCCUGAGGAGGGGCCCUCCUCCUCUGACUGCCUCCCACACGGAAGUGUAAACACGAAUGCGGUUGGGACCUGGAGGGGGGGGGAGCUCUUCGAGGAGGGCGAGGCAGACCAUGUACAGAUAAAAAUUAUAAAUGGGGUAGGGCAUACUGGAGAUAUUUGUACAGAAGGAAAAGAUAUUUAUAUAUUUUCUUAAAACAGCACAUUUGAUGCUUGUGCCAUAAAAAUUUGUAUAAAAAAUAAAUUUGUACUAAAAGUUUUA